AUGAGCCACAGAGAGAGCUCCAGGCGCCCUAGCCUGAGGUCAGAGACCACAUACGCCCCGAAAAACAGGCAAUCACGACGCCGGACCUUGUCCGAUAUCUUAGAGCCACCCAAGGACGACCCCCAUCGAGUGAUCGUCAGGAGUCCUUCUUCCAGACGGAUCAACCCCACCGUUUCAGAACACGAAGACUCCCGGACCAGACGGCGACCUCCGUCAAGGCCCCCAGCGGAGAUGGACAGAGAGCGGCACGUUUCUUCAGAUGAAGAAAGUGACCAUUGGGACUCUUAUUCUUCUGUUGACGACAAUUUUGACUUGAUAUGCAACCCACGCCACGCCAAGGAUGUUGGAGUUCGACUUGAGUUCGACGUCCUUCAAGACCUGGACGACGAGUUGGAAGAGUUCAACCAGUUUGUCCGCCGAGGCGAGUUUAGAGCUGCCAAGACUUUCUUCAACGACAAUCUCCUAGCUCACAUUACUUCCCCUUGGGUCUUUGUCCAAUACGCCGAGAUGCUCUUCGAGAUGGGUGAUUAUAAGUCACUACUUUUGCUUGACCCCGAACCUGUAUUCCGCACCAUUGCAUCUGCAAACGAGUACGAACACUAUGAAGCAAUCAGAAGACUUGAGAUUAAUUGGAGACUUCUCAAGGCAUCUUGCCUAUCUCGCAGUCAGCAUGAGCUCGGGCCUGUCCUCGAUGAGAUUUGUCUGUCCAACGAGAUCGUCCCAGUGCGACAAGACGUGGGAUCAACAGAGAUCCGCAUCAUUUGUCUGACUAUAGCCCUGAUGGAUAUUGCGAAUAGACGAAUUGUUGGCCUAACAGAGUUUCCGCACAAUUUGGCAGACUGGGGAGACUGGAAGCAUGUGUACGAACUGCUCCAGGCCCAAGGCCGCAUAUGGGACUUCCGAGAUUUUUUCACCACGUUUUGUUUCUACUUCGGUAUCGAGAGCGCCGAAGAACAACUCCUUGGGUCUAGGUCCAUCCUUCAAGCCAUCGCUGAAGACUGGGUGUUGCUAAUGGAUGAUGACGAGGCCACUCUCCUAGCCAUAGUUGAUCUCCUAACAUCCAUUGUGCUCUAUGUUUUCAACCAUGCCGAAGACCAGCUGCUCCGUAAGAAAUACCUCGUCUAUGCCAGCACCCUCGCAGAAGCUGUCAUGACGGAGCAUCCCCGCUGCACCAAGACUCGGCCCUUCCUCCAGUUCAUCGUGGCACAAUCAUCUAUGUCACUACGAACGGGUAGCGGAAGCCAAUCGGCGUACAGCUAUCUUGACGACUUUCCCGGCUUAGCAGGUUUUUCGUAUGACCUCGAGCUGCCAUAUUACCUACCAGUUCGCCAGGAAAACCCUGGAUGGAAUCCUCCGGAUCUCCCAGAAAGCUCCAUCGAACCUCUUGAAAUGGCACUGGAAGCUUCUCGGGGGCUGGAUGACUAUCGAACUCAGGCACUGUGUCUCAAAGCACUCGCCGUGAGGAGUCGUGAGCCAUCCAGACUUUUUGAAGAGUUGAUCCGCGUCCAAAAGGUGAUACAGCAAGACAUGGAAGGCUAUUUAACAACUUGUCUCUCCAGGUAUCUGGUUUCAAAUGACAGAGACUCAAAGUAUGCUCUUCUAGGAGAAUUGAACCGUUUUGGGUGGUGGCAUGAGACAUCAAAAUUGCUCAGACCGGAUAAGGGCUGCGCGCGAGACAUCAUCCAGCAAGCUCUGUCCGUCCCACAUCAAAAUCAUGUCUCGAAGAGUGUUGAGGCAGGCUUUCGGCACUACAACUGGCUUCCAGGCUCUUUCCAACACUUCAUUGCUAAACAUAUGCUGCCACAACAGAUACCACCCCCCCAACCCCAAUCUAGGCCCCUGACAGUUAUCCCAUUACGGCCCCGAUCUCAGUCAUCGACUGCCAUCCGACUACCACCAUCACCCGGACCCGUACCGCCCCGAAUGCCCGACCUUCCACGACAGCUCGCUCCUGGUUACCACUCUGAUGACAGUCAAGACGACUCUGAGGUAGAGACUCGUACAUAUCGAAUUGGACGCUCCCGAUCGCGAGAGAUGCGAGCAAUCCCAGAGGAAGCAGAACGACCUACAGCGGAUCACAUUGUAGUAGUAGAAAGGAGAUCCCCAUCGCUGCGGACCAAAUCCAGGGCGCCGCCUACUACUUCAAUCACCUCCAGGCCCACCAUAGAGGAUGAAGCCAGAGAUGAGAAAAACCACACAGACUAG